GAGGGUCGCCGAGCGAUGCUGCGAACGGACAGCGAGAGCCGGCCGCGGACCCCCGCUCCCUCGGCCCGGCCGUCGUCCCUCCGCGCCGCCCCCCGCCCCGGCUCGGAGCAGCUCCCUUCCACGUCGCCGCUCUCCUGCUGCAGCCCGUCUGCACGCUCGGCCGAAGGCUCGGGACAUGCGGGAUUUGGGGCUUUCGCCUGUCCGGGCACCCCCAGGAUGGUUCCCGCCCCGCCCAUCAGCAAGCCCCACGUGUGCCUCUCCACGGUGCUCAUCAUGAGCAGCCUCAUCCUCAUGGAUGCCUACCUGGUGGAGCAGAGCCAGGGCUCCAGGAAGCUGGGCAUCUGCGUCAUGGUGGCGGUGGGCGACGUCUGCUUCCUGCUGGUGCUCCGCUACGUGGCCAUCUGGGUCGGGGCGGAGGUGAAGACAGCCAAGCGGGGCUACGCCAUGAUCCUCUGGUUCCUCUACGUCUUCGUGCUGGAGAUCAAGGUCUACUUUGUCUACCAGAACUACAAGGCUGACCGGAAGAGCCUGGACCUCAUGGCCCGCAAAGCGCUGACCUUGCUGCUCUCCGUCUGCAUCCCGGCCCUCUACGUGCUGCUGGUGGCCACCGAACGCAUGGAGUACGUCCGGACCUUCAAGAAGAAGGAAGAUCUCCGCAACCGCCUCUUCUGGGUCAUCGUGGACAUGCUGGAUGUGCUGGACAUCCAGGCCAACCUGUGGGAGCCCCAGAAGAAGGGUCUGCCGCUCUGGGCGGAGGGCAUCAUGUUCUUCUACUGCUACAUCUUGCUCCUGGUCCUCCCUUGCGUGUCCCUCUGCGAGAUCAGCAUGCAAGGCAUCGGCAUCGUGCCGCACCGGAUGAUGCUGUACCCCAUGCUGAGCAUGCUCACCGUCAACAUCACCACCAUCUUCAUCCGCGGCAGCAACAUGGUCUUCUUCAGGGACGCCCGCGUCUCCAGCAUCUUCAUGGGCAAGAACAUGCUGGCCAUCGGCCUCAAGGUCUGCAUGUUCGUGCAGUACCAGCGGCAUCGGAACCACGCGCCGCUGGGGCCGGGCCCUGCCCCGCAGGGUGCCUGCCAGCCCCAGCCCUCCCCGGCGCCGGGCAAGUCCCGGGACCAGCCCGCUUGCCCCGAGGAGCUGGCCCAGGACAACACGUGAUGAAGCAGCCUGGGCACCGCCACGCUUGGCCAUCCCUGCGAAACACCAGGAGGGCCGCAGAGCCCCUG